CAUUUUAUGAUCCGUAGAUGGAGUCAAGAGAAAAAAGGAAUAACUACUUUAUACAAGAAAUACUUACAAAUGUCGUUGAAAAGAAACUUGCUGAUUUAUUUAUCCAAGAAUGGGACAAACAAUGCAAAAAAUCUCUUGGACGAUGGGAAAAUACAAACGUUAGUGGUCAAGAGUUGUUCAAUAUUGAAAAAACAAAAAAGAAACCUCAUGACAAACAUAUUCUGCAAACUUUUCAAGAAGGUGACACCAGUAAGUGGGAUUGUACAACACUGUUCGCAGCAAUAUUGUUUUCCAACUCAGUUGGAACAAAACUUGACCCAAAAGUUAGAGAGGCAGUAAAUGAAAUUCGCAACGUAAGAAACAAAUUCACCCAUGUAAAUAAAGGUAAAGUAUCUGAUACCGAAUUUCACAAAAUGGUCGGUGACAUUGAAAAGUCAUUUAAAGAUCUAGGAUUUUCAUUCACUGAAAUUAAUGAAAUUAAAUGUCAACGAAACAAAUUUAAUUCAUUUCAAGUACUUCCUUGCAAACCAAAUCACGAUGUAGUUAAACGUACAGAAUUACUUAACAAAAUCACGGCAGAUCUGAAUAACUUGCGAAGUACUAACAACAAUGAACUGACAUAUUACUAUAUUUCUGGUAAUCCUGGCAGUGGUAAAUCUCAAUUAGCCAGACAAAUUUGCGACGAAAUGUUUAACUCCGUUGACUGGGAAAAUAAAACUACAUUUGUGAUGACACUCGAAGGAAAAGAUGCUGACUCUCUCUUCAAAACUUAUAAUGACCUUUGUCAACGUUUGAACAUCCAUGAACAUUUUAUUGAAAAUAUUUUAAAAAAGGUAAAAAGCAGCGAAGACAGAAUCAAACACUUUCAUUUCCUGCUGACACAAAAACUGAAAUCUUGGAAAAUAUGGUGGAUUGUUGUAGAUAACGUGGUUGAACUUGAUAAAAUUUAUCCAUUUUUGAAGAAUUUGUCAGAAAAAUUAGAUCGUCAACCAUUGGUCCUGGCAAGUGCUGCUUACUACGUAGGUAGUGUAAAAAGUGCAAAUCUGGAAUUCACGUGGGAGCAAUAUUUCAAUAAGUUGACUGAAGGAGAGCGACAGAGCAUGGAUGCCACAUUUCAAAAGAUCAAUACAGCAUAUUCUGGAGGUAAAUCAACUUUAUUGAAAACUGUUGAGUUGGCAGCCAUCAAUGUACUUAAGGAUAUAAUAACAAUUCAAACUAGAGCGUUAGGUGUCAAUCAUGUUGAUGUUUCAUAUUCGUACAACGAGCUGGGUUGGUUGCUUCAGCAUAAUGGAGAAUACAAAAAAGCAAAAGAUUUUUGUAAACGAGCGAUAGAAAUUCAAACAAAAGCAUUCGGACCUGACAAUAUUAAUAUUGCGGCAACGUACAACAAUCUGGGUUUGGUUUACGAUAAUAUGGGAGAGUACGAUAAAGCAAAACAUUUUUACGAACGAACAAUAACAAUUUACAUCCAAGCAUUUGGACCUGACCAUGUUAAUGUCGCGAGAACUUACAACAAUCUAGGUUUUGUUUACAGCAAAAUAGGAGAGUAUGAAAAUGCCAAACAUUUUUGCAUACGAGCGAUGGAAAUUCAAACCAAAGCAUAUGGACCUGACCAUGUUAAUAUAGCGACAACGUACAGCAAUCUGGGUUUGGUUUGCGGUAAAAUAGGAGAGUACAAAAAAGCCAAAAAUUUUUGUAUUGUUAUGGGAGCGUACGAAAAAGUAAAAGAUUUCAAUGAACAAGCAAUAAAAUUAAAACAUAAGAUAUGUCAAUACUGGAAUAAUAUGGGUGAAUUGCUUGAUGAUUGUUAA